AUGUCUGAGAGUGCUCUUACCGACCACAAACGAUGCUUGGCGCAAAAUUUCUCCGGAUAUGCAAUGUCUGAAGCCGUGGCGAACUGCCUGAGAAAACUUGACGUCGAUAUAGCUCGAAUAGGGACCAUUGUGGCUAAUGAAACUCAGCCAUUGCAAGAACUGGCACUCUAUCUCCGAACAAAAUUUCUGGUUGCUGUUGAAACCCUUUCUGCUGAACCAUGUGCCGGAAUUAUCGGGAAGCUUCGUUUAUUGAUAACAGAGUUUCAACGGAAUAAAAGCGCCAAAAUGCAACUCAAAAGUCUGGUUGCUGUUGAAACCCUUUCUGCUGAACCAUGUGCCGGAAUUAUCGGGAAGCUUCGUCUAUUGAUAGCAGAGUUUCAACGGAAUAAAAACGCCAAAAUGCAACUUAAAAGUCGAUUAAGGGAGUUCAAAUUACCAGAAAUUACUCCAGCUGUGGACACUCCAAGUCGAUGGAUUACCACUUAUAGCAUGAUUUGUGAUGUUCUAGUGACUCUACCAGCAUUUACUGAAAUAAUGACGAGGUUGAACCUGCCACCCUUGCAGGAAACGGAUGUACAAUUCCUAGAAGCAUUGAGAGCUUUCCUAGAGCCUUUCUACUCUCUUACCAAACAGGUUUGCGCUAGAGAUGCUACUGCUUCCGUUUAUCUCGCUGUUGGUCGCAUACUGAUAACAACAACUGAGAAGUGAGU